CGCGGCCCCUCUACUCAGUAGUCAGUACUGUCUACCCACCAGCCCUCCCACUCAAGUCGGACGGACUAAGUGCUCAGUACGGAGCACUGCACUUCCUCUCCUGCCCACUGCCCACUGCCCCUCCCCUCCGCUGCUUACUCUACUACUAGCUAACUCCCCGUCCCGACUCCCACGAUCACUUCUCUACUCCCGUACCUCCUGCUUCCCCUAUAUAUUGCUAUUCCAUCUCAACUCUCUCCUUUCCUUCCUUCCCCUUCCCAUUCCAUCAUCGUCAUUUCAUUCUCCUCCCCCUUCAUCCCAUCUCCUCUUCCCCCAGAGGCCCGGUCCAUCACUGUCUGGCCCCCAGUACCUUUACCGGACUUCUUUUAGUUGUCUCUCCUCCAGACAACGUCAUAUACCUUACCCUCGGAAGGUUGAGACAAGGGAAAAGUCAGCCAUACCAGUCGCCACCAUGGCUGUUAUGCACCAAUAUGAUUACCUCUUUGCCUUUGGCACAAUAUUCGCCUUUCUAGACGCCUGGAAUAUUGGUGCCAAUGACGUCGCCAACUCGUGGGCGAACGCCGUCGCUUCGCGUUCCAUCACCUACCUCCAGGCCAUGUGCGGCGCCUCCGUGAUGGAGUUCGCUGGCGCAUUUGGCGUGGGUGCCCGUGUUGCCGAUACGAUCCGGACCAAGGUAGUCGACACGGCCCAGUUCGACGACAACCCGGCUCUCCUGAUGCUCGGCAUGGUGUGUGCCGUCGUCGCCUCGUCCACCUACCUGACCUUCGCCACCAAGGUCGGUUUCCCCGUCUCCACCACCCACUCCAUCAUGGGCGGUGUCAUCGGUAUGGGCGUCGCCAGUCUCGGCGCCCAGGGCGUCCAGUGGGUUGCCGAUGGCCCCGGCACCGCCAAGAUUAGCAGCGGCGUCGUCCAGGUCUUCGUCGCAUGGAUCAUCGCCCCCGCCCUGGCCGGCAUCUUCGCCGCCCUCAUCUUCACCGUCACCAAGUACACGGUCCUGUUGCGUUCCAACCCGGCCCUCAAGGGCAUCUUCGCCGUCCCCGCAUAUUUCGCCGUCACCGGCAUGCUCGUUUCCAUGCUCCUCAUCUGGAAGGGCGGCGCCUACGAGGUGAACUUGACCGAACAGCAGGUCCCCGGCGUUAUCGUCGCCGCCGGCGCUGCUUGGGGUCUGCUGAUCGCCUUGUUCCUCUGCCCCUGGCUCUACCGCGUCGUCAUCAAAGAGGACUGGCAGCUCAAGUGGUACGACGCCUUCCGGGGCCCGCUCCUGCUGCGCCGCGGCGAGGUCCCUCCUGCGCCGGCCGACUACAAGGGUCCCGUACGCAACUUCUACCAGGGCCGCUUGAACCGCGAGCAACUGGCCGCCCGCCGUGCCCGCGAGGUCGCAGCCAACGGCGAUUCGGCCGUGCUUGCCAACGUCGACAUCGAGGCGCAGCACGCCCACGAUGACGGCAAUGGCUCGCCGCCGAGCGACACCCUCAGCAUCCCGCCGCCGGAGGAGGAGCGCCUUCCCCAGCACAAGAGCCUGGUUGGACCCCGGCCCGACGCGCCCUGGUAUUCCGGAAAGACCAUCUGGUGGGGCCUCAAGUUCCUCGUCCUCCGUGGCGUGGACAAGGACGUCGUCGGCUCGCAGAACGAAAAGAACGUGGUGGGCGGCGACAUCGAGGAGAUGCACGCGCGCGCGCAGCACUUCGACAACCGGGCCGAGUUCCUGUACACCUUCUUGCAGGUCAUGACCUCCUCGGCGGCCUCGUUCGUGCACGGCGCCAACGACGUGUCCAACGCCAUCGGGCCUUACGCGACCAUCUACCAGGUCUGGCAGUCGGGCGCCGUCCCGCCGGCGGGCGAGGCGAGCGUGCCGCUCUGGAUUCUCGCGUUCGGAGGUGUCGCCAUCGUCAUCGGCAUCUGGACCUACGGCUACAACAUCAUGCGCAACCUCGGUAACCGCCUCACCCUGCAGUCCCCCUCGCGUGGCUUCUCCAUCGAGCUCGGCAGCGUCGUCACCAUCAUCAUGGCCACGCGGCUCAAGCUUCCCGUCUCCACCACGCAGUGUAUCACCGGCGCCACCGUCGGCGUCGGUCUGUGCAACGGCGACUGGAGGGCCAUUAACUGGAGGAUGGUCGGGUGGAUCUACACUGGUUGGAUCAUCACCCUGCCGGUAGCCGGUAUCAUCAGCGGUGGCUUGCUGGGCAUCAUCAUCAAUGCGCCUCGGUGGGGUGUGCCCAACUAG